GUCCUGCGCUUAACAGUCACUCGAAGUGCUGAAGUAAGUCUGAUAAUGUCUGGCCGUGGUAAAGGCGGAAAGGGACUUGGUAAGGGUGGCGCAAAGCGUCACCGUAAAGUGUUGCGGGAUAACAUUCAAGGUAUUACAAAACCAGCUAUUCGUCGUCUGGCUCGUCGAGGUGGAGUAAAGCGAAUUUCUGGCUUAAUAUACGAAGAGACUCGUGGAGUGCUCAAAGUGUUUUUGGAGAAUGUUAUCCGAGACGCUGUCACUUACACUGAACAUGCUAAGCGGAAGACCGUGACCGCCAUGGACGUGGUAUACGCUUUGAAGAGACAGGGUCGUACUCUGUAUGGCUUCGGAGGUUAAUCGUCAAAUCAAGAUAUUUUGAAGUGAAUUAUCCAAAGGCUCUUUUCAGAGCCACCCA